GCAGGAGCAGGCUGGGAGGGGCGGCGCGCGGGGAGGGGUGACGCGGCCUGUCAGAUGCGGCAGGCUCUGCCGGCCGGCGACUCUGCUCCCGGCUCUUGCCGCUGACUCCCUGCUCGAGGCUCUCGCUCCUCUGCUCCCCGGGCCGAGCGGCAGCCUCCCCCGAGCCUGCGGUCCGGGCGACGCGCACGGGCCAAUCCGCUCCUCCGGGCCCCCGCGGCGCCCCACGACCCUACGACCCCGCGCCGCGUCCGCAGCAUGGGCGGGGGCGCGCGGCGCGGCCCCGGGGCUCGGGCGCGCGCGUAGCCGUCCGCCAUGGCGUGGACGCGCUUGCGGGCGCUGCUGCUGCGGAGGGGCGACGCGGCGCCGCUGUUCCUCAAUGACGCCAGCGCCUUCGACUUCGCCGACGACGCGGGCCCCGGCGGGCUGCCGCGCUUCAACAAGCUGCGCGUGGUGGUGGCCGAUGGGGACAGCGAUGCCGGUGAUGGGCCCGCCCUGGGCGCGCGCGCUGCGCCGCAGGCCGACGACGACGCGCUGCUGGAGCCCGAGCUGCCGCUGGCGCGCGGCCGCUUGAGCCUCGGGCCCGACCCCUGCGACGGCUGCAGCCGGCGGCGCGAGCGCGUGCGACAGCGGCGCGUGAGGACCCGGCUGACGCUCGCCGCCGCCCUCUACCUGCUCUUCAUGGUGGGCGAACUCGUAGGCGGCUACAUUGCCAACAGCCUUGCGGUAAUGACAGACGCACUGCACAUGCUGACCGACCUCAGCGCCAUCAUCCUCACCCUGCUCGCUCUGUGGCUGUCUUCAAAGUCGCCAACGAGGAGAUUCACCUUUGGAUUCCAUCGUUUAGAGGUGCUGUCGGCGAUGAUCAGUGUGCUGCUGGUGUACAUCCUGAUGGCAUUCCUCCUGUAUGAAGCUGUGCAGAGAACGCUCCACAUGAACUAUGAAAUAAAUGGAGAUAUCAUGAUCAUCACUGCAGCUGUUGGAGUUGCAGUGAACCUCAUGCACGGUAUCAGUGUCUUCCUCUGUCCUAACAGAAUGGGGCUUCUGCUGAACCAGUCUGGCCAUCACUCCCACUUCCACUCCCACUCCCUGGCUUCCAGCUCUCCCGGCCCCAGUCCUGGGGAGCCCCGGGCCGGGCAUGACAGCCUGGCGGUUCGGGCCGCCUUCGUGCACGCCCUGGGGGACCUGGUGCAGAGCAUCGGAGUGCUCAUCGCAGCCUACAUCAUACGAUUCAAGCCGGAAUACAAGAUUGCAGACCCCAUCUGCACAUAUAUAUUCUCACUACUUAUGGCUUUCACAACAUUCCGCAUCAUCUGGGACACAGUAGUUAUAAUAUUAGAAGGUGUACCAAGCCAUCUGAACGUAGACCGUAUCAGAGAAGCUCUGAUGAAGAUAGAAGAUGUAUACUCGGUGGAAGAUUUGAACAUCUGGUCUCUCACGUCAGGAAAAUCCACCGCCAUAGUUCACAUGCAGCUAAUUCCUGGAAGUUCAUCUAAAUGGGAGGAAGUGCAGUCAAAAGCAAAGCAUCUGCUGUUGAACACCUUUGGCAUAUAUAAGUGCACUAUUCAGCUUCAGAGUUACAGGCAGGAAGUGAACAGAACUUGCAUGAACUGUCAGAGUUCCAGUCCCUGAUUCCAUGUGUCUGAGGGCUGCCACCUUACGUGGCCCACAGUCAGACUCAAGAGCAAUAAACGCACCUAAGGAGAGUGGGGCCCAGAUGGCUGUGUCUGUGUGAAACACCAGUCUCAGAACAGUCGCUCCAGCCUGCCAGUUCGUGUCUGUGUCAUUUCCAGAUGAAGAUGUUUCCAAAAUGCUGUUUACAGAGAGACACAACUCUACAGAUACCUCACAGAAGAUCGUCCAUUCAUUUGACAGUUCCUGUGUUAAAGGAAGCAUCAGAAUUCAGUAUUUAAUUUACAUUUUAAAAUACUUUUUAAAGGCCAUUUUAUAUCAAGCCAGUGCCAGCAAACUAAGUUGUUGUUUUUUAAGAUUAUGUAAUCCUGACAUCCAGCUUCUGAACUGCUGCUCUUUUUACAGAAAUUUUCUCGGCCGAUUUCAGACACUACUAGUAAUUACGCAGAGUAGAGCAUGUAUUCAUUCCUAAGUGUUUCAGAAAAGUUUCAUUUCACAAAUAAGUCUCAAUGUUAUUGUCAAAGUCAUACUUUAUAACAACUUUUUCCAGAUAUUACUGAGUUUUGAAUCUCAGAGUUGACCGUUUUGAUUAUUUGUAGGCUUAUCAGAACCCAAUCUUUACAUGUGAUCAUUGUUAAAUUUAGGAAAUAUUUUCAAUAUAAUUCUGAAUGGCAGAAAUUAAUCUGAAAUUCAAAUUACCACAGUUAUUUAAAACAAAAUAAAACAGUGAGAGUGGGAUGUGGAGUUUCGGAUUUACAUUUUUCCAAAAUCACUUUUACUGUGUGUAAAAUGGUAUUGCAAACAGCAAGAGACCACAGAAUGUAAGCUGUGAUCAUCCCCUUCAGAGCUGCCGACUUUUAUACAGUUUGCUUAGUAGUUUGGUUGCUGUGUACCAGGUCAUCCGUGUGCUUCUCAGGUAGCUCUUGAGGGCUGCAAUUUAUUGUCAUCCCCACAGUAAGUCCCCCGGGUAGAACCCACACUGCCCAGAGAGAACCUCUGGUUUAUGAUACGGGUGAGGGAAUCUCCGUGAACUCCACAAACCCCAGAGGAUUGGGAAAAGAUAACUGCUUUGAGAAAACAAAUGGUAAAAAGGUUUUAACCUCCGUGUGUGUGUGUGUGUGUGUGUGUGUGUGUGUGUGUGUGUGUGUACGCACGUGUGUGAGUGUGUGCGCGCUCCCCGGGAGGAACGGUCCUUGUGUCUGUGUUACAGGGACACAGCAUUAACAUUUCCAACGAAGUCACAAAAGUGUAAAUAACCAUGUUGCAUUUCACACCCAUUGGUUCCCAGGUUUCCUUGUGCACUUAGCAGUCCCUUUCCAGCAGGGAUGCUUUCGGAUCGGAAAAACUGAAACGGUUCCCAGCUCCUCGGAGAAUCAGUAACCGGAACCCGGGCAAGUUGUGAAUUGAAAUCCUCCAGAGGCAUGCGGAUGACUCACCUUCUGAGCUUGUUUCUUGUGCACUUUCCUCUAUCUUAUACAGAUAUAAGAUAGAUGCUUUUCCUGUCGACCUGCUUCUUAGAAAGUUAUUUGAUAAAGUAGUCCAACAUCCUUUUUAUUUUUUUUGGUACCAAGGAUCAAACUCAGGACCUUGUGCUUGGGAGGCAGGUAGCACCACUGAGCUACAUCUGUGGCCCUUCAACAUCCUUUUGGGGAUUGAUUGAAAAGAACCCUUCAGUAACGUACAGAAACACCAGGAACUUCUGUAAAUCUGUGUGUGCUCUGCUAAAGGAAAACAUGAAGUUUUCUGAGUUUUGCCUUUUAGCUCGAAUGACAGCUUUGUGUUUGUACUUUACCAGAUCUGCAAGACUUGAGAAUGGACAGAUGUCAUUUUUUAUAACAUGACAAAACCCAGAGCAGGGGAUUACUGCUUACACUGGGGGCUGCGCGGCUUCCGGCCCAGGGCACUGGGUGUCCUGCACUGCUGAGCUGCAGGCCUGGAGGCCACGCUGCCUGCCUAACCUCCACGCUGUCCCGGGAAGCAGGUGAGCAGGUUGAGCAGAGCCGUGGCUAGGAAGACGGACACCACCACGUAAAACCCAGCCAUCCCUCGGUGCAGUGCAUUCUGAUAUUGCAAAUGAUAAGAGUUACCUGUGUUUCUCAACUCUGUAAGAGGGACCUUUUGUUCGGUGAUGAUCUUGGGGCCUGAAGGGACACCCUGGGAAUGCAGUGGAAUAAGGUACUCCGGCGGGCUUCUCUCUGCAGAGUUGGAAGCUGUUGGUUCCUAGCCAUUCCCGAAGUGCUGCCCCAGCUAAUGGAGCUCAGACACCGCAGCUACAGCCCCCAUCUGUUCUGUGCCACAUUUCUAGAUUCCUUAUUUUACUGUUUCCUUGACAACUUUGGGUGCUUUGUUUCCAUUCCCUGAAACUAAGCUUCCUGCUUUUGUGAGUCUCUGCAUUCUAGCUCCUGAGGAGAGGUGUCCUGCUUUCAGUGUUGUCUUUAGUAGUCUCUGGUCAAGACCUGUUCUACAGAAAUAGGCCAGCUGCACUGUGCCCAACUUGGGCCCGUCGUCCCCAGUAUGGCUGAGGGUCGUGCUGCUCAAGUGAACACUCCAGAUUUGACUCGGAAGCAGGCACAAUUUAGCUAAAGUUUUCUUCUUAGCAUUCAUAUGAAUUGGUUCAUCAUAAUUAGUAUAAUGUUCAUAACAGAAUUGGAAACCUUUGAAAUAAAAUUUUAGGCCGUUCUGCCCUUAGAUGUAAGAUUAGUUCAGUGGUUGGUCUCAUCUUGAAAUUAACAAUGACACAAGGUGCUGAGUGCGGCAGGGCCCAUCUGCUCUCCAGAUACCCAGGAAGCUUGCUGGGCCUGGAGCCAAGCACCGAGGGAAACCCGAAGCCUGAGGCCUGCCAUCCAGGCUUCAGCUCUGUCUCAUGGGUUUCGGGCACGGAGGCUGCCUGUGGUAGUAGCAGGUGAGUGUGAAUCCGAAUCGCUGUGGCCUCCUUGGUAUAAACAUCACUCGGUGCACCCGGGCUGGCCAUUGAGGUUGUCACAUGGGAGACCCGGCAAACUGGACUUUGUUAAAGCAUUGUGGAGACUUCUGCAACCUAGGGUGGAGUGGAUUUCAGUAGUGCAACUGAAAAUACUCUGAAGUGAAUGCAACUCAGUAGAAAUGCACCGGUGUGUCAGUUUAAGCCUGGAAGAUACUGUGCGUUUGGAAAGUGUAUGCGUCUCUGAAUGAAUGUGUUAAGGUUUUGGUUUUUUUGGUUCGGGGGAUCGAACUCAGGACCUUGUACUUUCGAGGCAGGCAGCAGAACCACUGAGCUACAUCCCCAGCCCUGAAUGUGUUAUUAAAUAAGCCAUAUCAAGUUUAAGAAACUGUCUAUAUUCCCGCAUCCUCUCCAGAACCAGGUAUUUUGCACAUGAUUGAUUGAUCUUAGAGAGAUUUUGACACUGGGUUUGUUUGUGUAAGAUCAAAGUGUAUGUAUAUGUUCUGUAUUUGCAAUUUUCAGACUGUAAUUUCCUAUAUGUUUAUUAAAUAAAGUUGUUUUUGCCAUGUGGUUUAUUAAAAAAUAAAAAUGUA